UUCCCCCACUAGCUCACCGGUUUGUUUCCAGUCGUUUCUGCUGUUGCCCAUGUCUUUGAUUUUGCUUGCAUUUUCGGUUAUUUUGCAAAAAAUUGACGUACUUUAGACCUGAAAAAAAUUCUUGCACGCCUCUAUUUCGAUGGGUGCCUUUUGAACGAUUCCUCAUUAUAUACUGUCACUGUAUUACUGGUAAGCUUUCCAGUAUUAUCUGAACAGAAGGUAAACGUGAACUUUCGUCGGCAGUCCAAGAUCGCGAAAUUCACGAUGCGAGCUUUACUGUCUCUUUACCAAAAUGCAAUCCGUAGAUAUCCCAUGGGAUCUCAGGCUGUCCAGACAGGAAUUUUAAUGGCCACAGGAGACGUUGUAGCCCAAACUGUUAUUGACAAACGCAAACUAAUUGAGCUUGAUUUAGGGCGUGUUGCCAGAUUUGGUGCAAUAGGUACUUGUCUGGUGGGUCCUUCCCUCUUUACUUGGUAUGGUUUUAUGGAACGACGCAUUGGAGCCGCAGGUACCCAGGCUCUCCUGAAGAAGGUUUGCGCUGAUCAGCUGCUUUUUGCACCAUCUUUCAUUGUUAUUCUGUUAUCCACAAUCGGCUUCAGUCAGGGACUGAAUGCUAAACAAGUCCAAGACCAACUUGUUUCUACGUAUCCAGACGUUCUCAUCAACAAUUACAAGCUAUGGCCAGCAGUUCAGCUCUUCAACUUCUACCUCACACCAUUUCAAUACAGAGUUUUAGUGGUACAGAUAGUUGCUAUAUUUUGGAAUACUUAUUUAUCAUGGAGAACAAAUUCAAGUCAGUCAGGUGCAGUAGAACAGGAGAAGAAGUCUCUGUAAAUGUUCAAAACUCAGAUUUUGUUCAGUGAAUCCUACUAAAUGUUUAGAUAGGUAGUUUUAGCUUUGACUCAUCACUAUUCCAAAAAUCUAAAAUCUAUUGUUGUUUGCAAGGAAGUACAUUUCUGAGACUCGCCUGUAAAUUUUCAGUGAUUGUGUGCAUAGGAUUUUUGAGUAAUUGUGUCAUUUAUCAGUAUUUUUAUAAUUGAUCUUCAAUGUUAAUUAAGUAAUUUUUAACAUUUUCUUAAAUGAUAUAUGAUACAUGAUGCAACAUACCAUUGAGAUAUGCUGUAGAUGUUUCCAUUCCAAUUACUGUGGAUCAUUUUUGGACUACAGUUUUGACAUAGUAAUUUUGUAAGUUAUCAGUCAAACAAAGAGUGUGGGUGAUGAAUUUUGUCAUAAGAUUAUGCUGUUGUCCCUAUAUAACAACUAUUCAAUGCUUUUUUACAAGUAUUUUGACUGUAUUCUGCAGAGUACAGCUUUUAUAGUGUUACAUGAUCAAGACUCAUAGCAGUCUUAACAGUAGAUUUGCUGAUAAUGAAGUUUAUUUCAAGUGAUAACACUGUUUAUUAAUGUAUUCUGUGUAUUCUUCAAAAAUCUACAACAAAAAAGAAACUAACUAGUCAUUAGUCACAUAGUCUGAAAAUGUUAAUGACAAUGUGUAGCAAACUAGCUUCUACUAAUCAAAACACUCAUAUUUUGCUGUUGAUCUUUUUACAUGGAACUAAAGUCAAGUACCUUUUUCUUGCUGUAGUUGGAACUUUUGAUCAUUUUGCUCCAUAAAUUUGUACGAAUGUAUGUGAUACUGUUUCUCUCAUUGUUUGGCCUUCUUAUAUAUUUUUUGUUUUGUUUGUCUGACUAUCCAUGUACUAGAAGAUAUUUUUAAUGAAUCAUUUAUGAAACAAAUCUGCAGUGUGCUGUGAUACAAGAGAAUCUUUUUACAUUGUAGUACGCACAAUUAAGGUACUUAAUAAUUUUUUGGUGAAGUUGACAAUCUGUUAUCACCACCACUAUUCAAUUAGUGUAAUUAUUGGCUCUGAUUUGCCUAAUGCUUUUGAACAAGAACCAAUGAACCUGGACAUUUAUUUCCAAGUUUGAAAAAAACAAUACAAAAAAAAACAAUGAAACUUAAGGCUGUCUCAUUAUUUGAGAAAAGAUGAAAGUGGAUUGAUUAAUAUUGUUUUAGGCAAGAAAUAUGUUUGUGUUAUUGUUGUGGUCUAUUUUGAUUCAUUUGACACAAAGUAUUUUUAUGUAUAAGUGAAAAUGAAUUGACCAUGUUGGCUCUUGCAGCCCGUGUAUUAACAUGCCUGUGCCUUCCUGACGCGGUGGCAGGAUUUACAAUUAAACCGCAGCCUGUUUGCAAAACUGU